GUCUGCUACCCGGCCUAAUAAUUUGUGACGCCGGCCCAAGCUUACAGGCCACGGUCUGUACUCCGUACUCGGUGCCGCGUAGAACAGCCAAGCCCCAAGCUAGGCCUGUCGAGCCGACAAACUAAGACAUGAGCUGCACUAAACAUUCGCAUGGCAUAUUCCAAAAGGCCGAGGGGCGGAAACUAAAGAGGCUUGACGGAAUGCUGGCAUUGUGCGUGGGAUUGUCCCUUGAUAUUGUUUGAUCAAAAGUGCCAUCACUCAAGGUCCUGCCCCGCAUUUCGGGCACCUGCUGCUGAAGGGAGCUGCCAGGCUGCUUGGCAUGGUGGGCUGUGGGGGAGCUCUGCUUGCAGACAACCUGGGACAGUUGCAGUGACGAGCCGUAAUCCGCACGACCACCCUCUCCCAGGAGCAAACAUGCCGCCCAAAUCAAAGGCACAGCCAAAACAAAAGGAGCAAGAAUCAACACCCGUGGACAACGAGCCUUUUAAGACUAUCUACGACCGGAGCUCUCAUAUAUACAACCAAGGUCAUCCAUACGCCCCCAGUCUUGCCGCCCGGGGUCCCAGCGGCCUCUCCCCCUCCGACCGGACCCUCUGGGCCAACGCAUAUUUCGCCCGCACACCUGCCCUCCUCAAGCGUAUAAACAACAAGGCCCAACGAGACGUUUGGAAGUGCGUGAAUGAAGCUGGUGGGCUCCCGCUGAGAUCAGUCAGGCCGGUCCGUCCCACUGGUGCUGGUGGAGCUCCUGCUGCUCAGAACAGCAGCGGAACAGACUCGAGCGGCCAGCCGGAUUUCAUCUGGGGCAGGGACAGGUUCGGCGCAGACCUGGGGCACUCGACCCCCGAGCAGCUCGACAGGAGAAGCGAGAGGGCUUUGCAGCUGUCCGCCUUGGAAAUACAGCACAGCCUCUUCUUGGAGAAGAAGGAACGUGCGAAGGCCGGCUGGCUCGAUCCCAAGACGAACGAGGCAGUCUCUGUGACGGUAGACGAGGUCGAGGAAGAGAAACUACGGAGGAAGGAGAUCGCUAGGCUCAGGAUGGAACUGUACGGCGAGCGCACGGGGGAGUACGGGACGGAUCCCGCAUGGGACGAUGUCGUUCCUAUGCCCAUCGAGGAGCCCGAAGGUGCUUUGGCGGCUAUUGCAUACCCUGAGGAAUAUGCCGAAGCAAUCUCCUAUCUUCGGGCUGUUAUGGCCAAAAAGGAAUACUCCCCUCGCUGCCUGCGACUAACGGAGCACAUCAUCUCCAUGAAUCCAGCCCACUAUACCGUCUGGCUGUACCGCUUCUCGAUAGUGCAGGGCCUGCAGAUCCCCAUUUCAGACGAGAUCGAAUGGCUCAACCAGGUCUCCAUGGAGAACCUGAAGAACUAUCAGAUCUGGCACCACAGGAGGCUCCUCAUGGACCACUACUACCCGUCGAUCGAGUCGGAUGCGGACGAGAAGGCCAAGCUGGCCAAGUCCGAGGAGGAAUUCCUCACGCAGAUCCUGGCCGAGGACACCAAGAACUACCACGUCUGGUCAUACAGGCAGUACCUCGUCCCCAAGCUGGGGCUAUUCGGGGAGGCAGAGCUCAGGGCCACCGAGGCGCUGAUCGACGAGGACGUGCGCAACAACUCGGCCUGGUCGCACCGCUUCUUCAUCGUCUUCACCGACCCCGCGAACGCCACGCCCGACAGCCUCUCGACGGAGCACGACCCCAGGGUCCCCGCGGACAUCAUAGACCGCGAGGUCAGGUACGCCGAGGACAAGAUCCUCCUGGCGCCGCAGAACCAGAGCCCCUGGAACUACCUCCGCGGCGUGCUGGCCAAGGGCGGCCGCAAGGUGGGGGACCUGCAGGGCCUCGCGGAGCGCUUCGUCGGCCACGUCGGCGUCGAGGGCAGCGAGAAGGUGACCAGCUCGCACGCCCUGGAGCUGCUGGCGGACAUCUACGCCGAGAAGGGGCAGGUUGACCAGGCGGACCUGUGCCUCAGGCGCCUGGGUGAGAAGUGGGACCGCAUAAGGCUGGGAUACUGGGAGUGGAAGAGAGCGUCUCUGAAGAGCAGCUAGGCGGGCGUGCUGAGAUUUAGGUACACUGGGAUAUCAUGUUCGGAUCAAGUCGAGCAUUCGAGGGGCGUUCGCGCUAGGUUGUACGGGAUCAUGAUGAAAGGACUACCUAGUCAACAUCAAUGUCACCGUCAACUUGUCUUCAAGGAAUUAUGAAAAUUGGCGAAAUAUUGGGGGCAAAAUCAAAUUUCAUAUCACGGAGUCUGCAUUGAGUGCAGUGUUUUUUAUCAACUGAUGAAGGUUUUUGACCUAUUUCCUGUGCUCAAAUGUGGCAACUGAUGUAUUCCCGUUGAAUGCCGAACAGUAGCCACCGCCGCCCGUAAAUUCUGGUGCCUUGCCAUGGCUAAAGGUUGUUGCUCAGACCGCCUUAAUGUUCAUCGUCCCAGAAGGAAGCAGUCUACGGCUCGGUAUCCUCCUCUGUAGCCCAUUGACUCCUACCAUCACCGUCCGACCCCGACAGAACGCCGUCGUAGCGCUAGCUCUGUUGACCAGCUCGCAAUUCAUGCUGAAUCUGAUGCGGUUCCAAAAUUCCUGUCGCGAAGGGAGAACAUUCCUAUUUUCUGGGUUGGUGGCUGCGUCGUCCUGAUUCCUUUCUCCUUCUGGGGUGUAGGUUUCCCGGCUUCCUUUGUCUCUAGACAUCCUGACGCACACCAUCCCUGUUGAGAACGUCCAUGCAGCCCACAGUGUCGUCGAAGUGCCUCGCGUGGCAGGAGAGACUGGCAUUUAGCCCCAGUGCCAAUCGCGCAUUCGCUCGUUGCCAGAGCUGCGCCGGGACUCAAGCGGGAAGACACCCCCAGGCAGGCGGCCGUACCGGUAGGGAUCGUAGUGGUUAUCAUGACCGUAGCCAUAGCCGUAGCCGUAGCCGUAGCCGUAGCCGUAGCCGUAGCCGCGGUCCCUGCCUCUCCUCUGUCUCUCAGACCGUCGCGGCGGCGCGUGCCUGCCCCCGUGCCGCCGGCUGUAGUAUUCAUCUUCUUCAUCGGUUUGUCCCUCUCCAGGCUCGAACUCGGCGCCGCUCUACAGCGUCCUGUAGUUCUGCGAGGAGAUGAGGAACUUCUUUGCGUUGCGCGGCGGGUUGCGCCGGCCGACGACGUCCCAGUUGGGCACGAGCACGAACACCUCGUGGAACCGCACGUGCUGCGUCUGGGUCUCGGACCCGGGCCCGCCGCCGAGCAGCUUCAGGGUGCCCGUGACCGUCACCAGCAUCGAGACGCGUCCGCCGUGCCGGUCGGGCCCCUGCUUGAGGAUGUGCUCCGGGCACCCGAGGCCGUAGUCGUUGUUGAGCACCUGGGUGUCGUAGCUCGUGACGUCGUAGCGCACCUUGUGGUUGUUGCUGUUCUUGUUGUUGUGGUGGUGCUCGCCGUUGGUGGUGGCGCCGGCUGCUGCUGCGGCGGCGCUGCGGCGCUGCUGGUCCAGCAGGACCUCGUACUCGGAGGGGUCGGUCAGGUGGGCGCCGUUGAUGGUGACGUCGGCGGUGAUGCCCGCGUCGGUGUACUUGGACGACGAGUUGACGUAGUAGGGCGUGAGCAAGCGGGCGUCGUUCAGGUCCUGGUAGUACCAGCUCACGAAGCUGUCUGCCCCGUUGCUGGAGACCUUGACCUCGGUUUCCUGGGUUGGGAACGACAUGACGGAAUGGGCUGGGCCCGAGGUCGAGGGACAAAGAGCGACGACCGAGUUGGGUUUCUUGGAGGUGUAGAUUGGUAGAUUUGCCAAGUUUGUUGUUUCUUGGGCUGCCUGUUUGGCCAGGUACUCGGGCAAAUUGUGAGGAGGGCAAGAUGUCGCGGGCGAUGUGAAGUGGGUUAAGUCAAC